UCGUGUCUUGCCGCGUCGGCCUGAAGACGCAGAACAUCUCAGACGCGACGAUGCAAGAGGAACUCUAAAUCGGCAUAGUAUGGGUUGUGUUCCUUGAGGUAGCGAACUUGACUGUCAGAAAGGGCGUCAUGCUUGAUUGGCUUCGCUACCUCACGGACCCCAGCCCAUUCUAUGCUGAUAUUGAGAUUGAUCGUAAUUGUGUGGAUGGAGGCUUUGGCACACGUCUUCAGCAGAAUCCAGAUGAUAUUCCUGCAUCGUGGCCAGCCAGUAUCGCAUCUAUUGCAUCUGCUCUCACAACGCCUGGUACUCCUGACUAUGAGGCGCCAGAGACUGAGGCACAUGACACCUUUGAGCUGCCAACAAGGCUCUGGGUCGAUGGUCGCGAUACUAUGUCGGAGACUGAGCGCCAAGCUGCCAUACUAACGAGGCUACAGUUGGGAAACGAUAUGAUCAAUAUGCCAGCCCGCGGUCCAGGCACCGUGCUGGAUGCUCAGACACCUGGUCUCCUUUCAAUGUGCUUUCCACAGCUUUUUCCUCUUGGCACAUUUGAAUUCUUUGUCCAUGAUUCCAGACCUCGGCCAUUCACACUCUCAUUCUUUGCGAAGAGGGCUAUGCAGAUGGGUGAUGGCCGUUUUGCCAGGCAUCCCUGCUUUCCAUUUUUUUUGCAAAAUAUGCUGGACAAGAAUCGCGUCAGCUCCAGUGCAGGCCACACAUUGAAUCCUCAAAUCACAGAUAUGAGGCACCACCGGCGCUCCAAGCUACACAAAAAUCUCGCCCGAAUGACAGCUGGAGGAUUCCGUCAGAGUCUCGGCGCAAAGACUCCCGCAGAACAGAAAGUGCUGAUGAGUGGUCUGCGUCGCCUGGACAGAAUGUCAAGGGAGCGCCGGCAUACUGGUACAAGCAGCGCGGCCAUCUACGUCCCAUGAUUACAUAGGUUGGAGGUGUCUGGCGUCUUGAUAAGUUGAUAGAGAUCAUAGUCAAUUCGCUCACCAUAG